CACGAAAUAUAUUAACAAUGGAUCCUGACCAGUUAGAAGCACACAAGGAAAAGCUCCGAGACAUUGCGCGCACCGCUUAUGACAGUUGUGUGCCGUUCAACAGCAUCACUCCUGAACAUCAUCGCCAAAUAUUAGACCGAGCCAUCAGGAAUGUUCUUUCAACUGAAUUGGCACAGUUCACAUACGCCCAGAUUAUCGAUGGACCCCCCAUUGCGGAUGUUGCCUGGGACCGUCGACUUCCUGGCAUUAUGGGAGAGCAUAUCAUUGAUGACCAUGAGACAUUGUGCCCUGGGGCUUUGGAGAAAGCACAUGAGUACCACCAACAAUGGGACCCUUCGAGUCUUAAGUUUGAUACUGAAACUCUAAAAGCCUUUCAAAAGGCCGAACCUAGCUCCAAAUCUUUCAACAUGCGCUUAAUCAAGUUGGUAGCUGUUGCUUUACAUCAAAUAGCAGUUUGGCUACAUAAGCUUGAACCUCAUCUCCACCAAGGAGAUAUUGACGCCGUCACAUACUGGGAGAUGCCACUAUCAGAGACGAUGACUCGAUUCCCUCCUGGGCAUACCCUUUUCAGUCAUCACGACUAUCUUGACGACGAUAUAUAUCCAGAAGGGGUGGCAGACAUGGUUGGCUACUGGGCUGAGGAUCGUAUUCUAGGCGGCGUAACUGUGUUUGAUCGGCGCCCCGACAACCCGGAUGAGAUACCCAACAUCUACUUUCAUCCAUGCCGCAAGAGUCAAACAAUACGGGUGUACCAACUACGAGAUGAGCAGCAACAAGCCCUCUUCGACUUCCUACUGCAGGAUGAAUCAUCUCCAUUGCCAUCACCCCUUCCAAUUCUUGGUGAUAAGCAAAACCGUAUAAGAGUAGACGCGCCGAGAGCACUCACACACCAUCACAUCUACAGAGACAUUUGGGAACGAAGACCAUUCACCAUCAUAGAGAUGAGGAUAUUUGACAGAAGACCUAAUGAUGAACCUGAUUAUCCCGAGGUUGGCGACAUGAUACGUCGCAUCAAUGCACAGGGCGGCAUUCCACUACCGCAGCUUCGUCCGCGCUCUUUGUCGCCACUGAUGAGGGAUGAUACUGGAGAGAAGAAUUAUAGAGACAGAAACUAGUUACACGAACCCAAAAAGUUCAGGGUGGUUCCCUUAGGCCUCAAGAAUUGGAACUAUCACCUUGACAUCGCUUUCCCUUGUGAAGAAUGGGCAUAUCAUCUGUCACGCCCUUGAUCUCACUCUCGCAAAACUCCACGUUAAAAUGACCACUGAAGAUCUCCUUUGCAAACCCCUCCUGGGGAACUCCGCUCUUCGUGUCCUCUACUCCUUCGCCAAAAAGAUACUUAGCGUCCAGGCUUCCUGUCGCGACGCUGAUAUCUUUCCCGUCGGGAUGCCAGAACAAAAAGGAGCCGCAGUCGCCGCAAAAGCCCCGCGCGAUAUUCUU